CCUUUGACAGAGGUUUUUUUUUGUCGCUAAAGCACAUCUAACCUAACGCUACUUUAGCGCUUUUGUCCACAGAGUUCACGGUGAUCACAGGUCAGGAUGAGCGCGCGAGCGUACUGCUCGCUCAUUGCAGUUUUAUUGUGUCUCUGCAGAUGUUUGAGCAUAACCGAUGCUACUCGAGGACGCUCCAAAGUGACUGGUUUCUGUCCGGCGAGGCUCACGGUUGUACCGUUCCGUCAAGGAUGUUCAUCUGACAGAGACUGCUCCAGAAAACACAUAUGCUGUCGUUUUGAUCGUGGCCCUGUGUGUGUGCCGCCUGUUUCCACAAAACCAGGAGAGUGUCCACCUGCCAAAAUGUGUGGAAGAAAAUCAUGUACCAGUUCUUGUGGAAGUGACUCUUGCUGUCCAGGCAACGAGAAGUGCUGCAGCAAUGGAUGUGGACAUCACUGUACAGAUCCAUAUAUAGUGAAACCGGGUCAAUGUCCCAGACCAACGAGGAGUCGAGUGUGUGAUGAACGCUGUUUCCAUGAUGGCCAGUGUCCUGCCAGACAGAAGUGUUGCCCAACCACCUGUGGCCGUUCAUGCAGUAAAGCAUUUGGCCAGGGACGUGGGGGAGACCAGGGUGACGGACAGGGACGUGGGGGAGACCAAGGUGACGGACAGGGUGGUGGUGGUUGGGGACGUGGGGGAGACCAAGGUGACGGACAGGGACGUGGGGGAGACCAAGGUGACGGACAGGGUGGGGGCCAGGGUCAAGGUGGGGCCAGGGUCAAGGUGUGGGCCAGGAGGGGGCCAGGGCCAGGAGGGGGCCAGGGAGGCCAGGGCCAGGGUCAAGGUGGCGGCCAGGGAAGGGGCCAGGGUCAAGGUGGAGGACAGGGACAGGGUGGCAGCCGGGGAGGUAAAUAA